AUGAGGUUUUACGGCUUUCUGCUGAUUGCGAUUAUCGCUCUAACACGCAACGAAGCGGUACCUCUGUCUGCUAGCUUCGGCCAAUGGACGGGCUUAACGGGAUCCUCUAGCUCAAUUUCGUCCCAUGGUAGGCAGAUUUUGAGAUUUAACGGCUAUGAAGACCCGGCGAACGAGGGUGACAACCACGCGAACGACAAUGACGAGAGGGGGAUUACAGUCGUCAAUAACGCCGGAGAGCAAUUCUUGAAACUGAACGGUGGUUUUUGGCGAAGAGUUACCAAGCCUCGAAAGUACGAUCACUGGGCGCAGCGGUGGGUAUUGGCAUAUGGACACCAGCUGAAGUAUGGUCCUUUCGCGAUCGACGAGGCCAAGAAACGAAAGCAUCACGAUUGA